GCAGGACAGUGCACACCCAAUGAUGCAGUUAUUUAAUCUGUUAAAACCAUUGACAGGUUACAACAGGAUAGGCUAGAAUCUAUUUAAAUAAUUCAGCUGUUUUUGUUGCGAAAUACAAACAUGGUUAUUCUUGGUCCAUUUCAGGUUAAGGUACUAGCAGAGAUUACCAACAGGCUUUAUGAGAUACAUAUUUUGACCUAGCAAUUUUUUCAAAGAAAACAGACGUAGGUUUAUGGGUAAAAUAAUAUGCAAGUUGUUGUUUAUACAUGGUAUAGCCUACAAGAAAGGGACAUUGUUUUGUUGUUUGUUACCACGUACCGUUCCAAUAAUUUAACCUCAAAAUGAAAACAAUGGAAGUAGUAGCGCUACUCAAACAAAUUUUGGUUUGAUAAGAUCUCGUGGUGUUCUCUGUUUAUUUGUUUCUUUCCUCUUCCUCUCUGUAACACUAGACCGAUGAGAGCUGCGCGGUCAAGCCCACAUCUCCAAACUGCAUCAGCCUGAUUUAGACUAGAUGAUGGCUAGAUGAGACAGCAUAUGCUCAUGAGUGUGUGUGCUGCUGAUAUUAUAGUUGUCAAACAAGUCUUCGCCCGAAACAAGGGUAUGGGAGUAUAAAGACAGAGGUUUGUGAAACACAGCCAUGGAGCAGGGGUCAGAGGAGAACAUGGAGAGCUCAUGGGCUCUGCUCUCCUGGAUGGCUUCUGGCGUGAUGGUGUUUGGAGGUGCGGUGCCUUACGUACCCCAGUACCAGGAGAUCCAGAGGACCAAUAAUGCUGAGGGAUUCUCAACAAGAGUCUGUCUGGUGUUGCUCGUUGCUAAUAUACUUCGCAUUUUCUUCUGGAUAGGCAAACAGUUUGAGCUGCCUUUGCUCCUGCAGAGUGUGGUGAUGAUUCUCACCAUGUUGGCUAUGCUACAUUUGUGCUGUUCCAUCCAGAGCAGCAACCGUGUCAGUACUAAACAGCACCACAUCACAGAUUUGGACCUUCGGUAUUUCUGGAGCUGGAGUUCUUUUGAGGACUAUCUGAUGUUCUGCUUUGCCUUCACGCUGCUGUGUGCUUUUAUAACGUUCCUGUUUCUGGACUGGGUCCUAUUUGUGGAGGCCCUGGGUUCUUUGGCUGUGAUGUUUGAAGCCAUGUUGGGAUUGCCUCAGCUGCUGCAGAACUACAACAACCGCUCCACCCGAGGCAUGAGUGUAAAGAUGGUGCUUUUAUGGACGGCUGGUGACAUCUUCAAGACCAUGUAUUUCGUGAUCAAUGAAAGCCCCACCCAGUUCGUGGUCUGCGGUGCGGUACAGAUCUUAAUUGACAUUGCCAUUCUGCUCCAGGUGGGAUACUACGGCCAGGACACCAGAAUCAAACUGGGCUGAAAUCACAACAAUAAUGACGGUGAUCAACACUCCUAAAUGAGGACACUCUACAUGCUGCUUACCUGCAAAACUACAUGCUUUUUUUAAUACGCGGUGGGGUUCAAAAGUCUGAGACAUUUUGCUUUUCUCUGUUUUAAUAUAACUUUCUAGAUUUAAUGAUUAUAUUUAAUCAUGUAUUUAUUUAUUAUUUUAUCUAAUGUUUUUUAUUAGAAAUUGCAAAUGCAAGUGAAAAGUUCCAUUGAAAAUGUUAUUUUUAUACAAAAAUCUGACAAGAUUUCACAUGCUCCGUGUCACAAAUUAGUGGCCUAGAAGUAAAAUUUCUAUUAUGUAUUUGAUUAGUUUUGUAGUAAUUCUUGGUGUUAAUUCUAUUUAAAAUCCUAAAAAUUUUAUUACAUUUAUUUUAAGUUUUAUUUAGGAUCCCAGAUUUUCAAUGUGGUUUCAGUCUUUUGAACCCUGCUUCAUAUUUUUUUUUUUUUUCCCUCUCUCGUUAGGUUAUUCGUGUCUUAACAAACAGCAAGUGUUUAUGAAAACCCAUUUAUGCCACUGAAUAAAAAUAAAGAAAGGUCAUUUUUUACUUUUUUCUCUCAAAAUUCCAACUUUUUUUCCUGCAAUUGCAAAUGACUUUUCUCAGAAUUGCGAGAUAUAAACUUGCAAUUGCAUGUUAUAGUCAGAAUUGUGAGAAACUCGCAAUUCUGAGAAAUCAAGGCGCAAUUCUGAGAAAUAAAGUUGCAAUUCUGAGAAAUAAAGUCGCAAUUCUAAGAAAUAGUCAAUUCUGAGAAAUAAACUCGGAAUUCUGAGAAAUAAAGUCAGAAUUCUGAGAAAUAAAGUCAGAAUUGCAAGACAUAAACUCGCAAUUAGGAGUUAUAAAGUCUGAAUUGCGAGUUCUCAGAAUUGCAUGAUCUAAACUUACAGUUGUAAAAAAUGAAAUCAGAAUUGCAAGAUAACUCACAAUUCUGACUUUUUUCUCACAGGUGUGAGUUAUAAAGUCCAGUUUUGAGGGGAAAAAAUAAAAUUGACUUGUUUUCUCAGAAUUGCAUGGUAUAAACUCACAAUUGUAAAAAAAAAAAAAAGAAGUCAGAAUUGGAAGAUAACUUACAAUUGUGUGUUAUAAAGUCACAAUUGCAAGACAUAAAUUUGCAAUUCUGAGCAAAAAGUCACAAUUGUGACAUAUAAACUCGCAAUUCUGAGCAAAAAGUCACAAUUAUGAGUUUGUAAAAUUCUGACUUUAUUUCUUAGAAUUGCGAGUUUAUAUCUCACAAUUGUUAUUUUAUAACACAGCUGUGAGUUUAUAUCAUGCAUUUCUGAGUAAAAAGUCAGAAUUGCAAAUUCAUUUUCAUUCAUGGCAAAUAAAAUGGGCUUCCAUAAGUGUCUCAUUGAAAGAUGAGUGAACAGGCCUUAUAUACACUGGCUUUUAACUAAUCCAGCCUACAGAUUUACUACAACCUGACUAAUGAAUGACCCUUCACUUUGUUAUUUUUAUAUUAUUUGUAUUUUUGCUAGCUUUUGCAACAGCCAGUAUGCUUUUAGUGCAAUUGAGGUACUGGGAAAUGCAUGUGCCAAAUGUAUCUGCCACAAACUGGAUUCAAACCUAGAUCAUAGUGUCAACAAUUUGUGGUCCUUUUUCAUUUUAGAGCACUUAAAUCAUUGUUACUUACAAAGUUGCACAUGAAAAUCCAUAUUUUAUGCCGCAGAUUAAUGUUAGGCUUUUAAACCUGAGCCUUUGAGUCAAAACCAGUUGCUGAUGAAUGAUUUUAUUACUGAACUUUAAUUACCAAAGCGUAUCCGUGGAAAUGCAUGAGGGUAUGGUGUAAAUCUAUAAUGCACAACUGAUUUAUCACAUAUGAUUGCAUUGCAAAUGAGGAAAAACAAACAGAUUUGUUUCGUCUAGUUAUCACAGAUCCCUAAUAGUAUAGUUCCUUUUCAGCACUUUACUAUUGGUGCCAGUGUUUUGUUAAAGAUGUGUUUUAUCCAAAGUUUUUGAUUGGGAAAGGUGGAAUAUUUCAAUGGAAAAGCAGUUGCAGUUUAUUGUUACCACACAAAGCCAAUGGCAGACAGCUUUAAGCUAUCUUGUGUUCGUUGUCUGCUAUGUCCUUUAAAGAUGACAGUGAUUACCUCAAUCCAUAUAUCAUCCAUGUUUAUCCAUGCAUGUCACACCAAGAUGAAGGGCAGUCUGCCCACAAAUAUUGACAUUUGGACUGUUUUUAUGUCUAAGUUGAUGGAACUGGUGAAAAAAAUACAGUCACCUGAACUCUUCUGCGGUUGAUCAGAUAUGAGGAGACCUCAUCAUAAAAUAGUUCCACUCUAUUAAGUUACAAUUCACACUGGCACUGAGUUGUGAGUUAUUUAUCACUGCGAAGAAAAGGUCACUGUAACUUUAAAUCCCACUAUAGCGUCAGGCUGCUCAGGGAGGACUACAGAUGUGGCCUUAAAAAGCACUUUCAGAUUCCAUUUCAGUUUUGGCUCACUUUCUACCUCCCAUGUUUCACCGUAGGGAUGCGACACGCCAGUGAACUGUUUAAGUCCGUUGGCUCCUUUAGCAUUAGUUGAUCGUCAAAAUUUAGCCGUUGGUUAUUACAGAUGGUCACAAAGGCUCAGCCUCUCAGCUGUUUACUCCCUGCAUGGGUAGCUUUAUUGGCUUUAGCUCUCAUUGUGGUAAGACUUUGCAUGUGGUAAAUAUUUGUUCUGUUGUGCUGUUAACCGCCCUAUCAACAUAUCUAACCCCAGCAAAGGUCAAAAAAUAUUUAGUCACAGGAGGACUGUGUGUGAGCCCACGCUCUUCCAAAAAUACUUUGCAUUAAUGCAGUUCUAUGCAAUAUGUAUGUUUGAAUGUCAUGGAAAUAUGCGAUAUUGAUAAUGUACACAACCGUUCAAAAGUUUGGGGUCCUUUCUUUGAUAUCUUUUUAAUAUAAAUCCUGUUCUUUUUUUAGGCUUCUGUUAAUCUGGAAAAACUGUUUAUCAUUAAAAUACAUUUGUCCACAAAAAUAGUACUGUUUUCAGAACUGUUUUCAACAUUAAUAAUAAAUGUUUUUUAAGCCAAAUCAGCACCAAAUGUGACACUGAAGACUGCCGUAAACAGUAAAUAGUUAUAUUAAAUUUCACAACAUUGUUUCUCUUACCAUUCUCAAACUUUUGAUAGGUUGUGUCCAUGACUUUUGUCCCAUUAAAGUGUCCCGUCUCACACCAAAAGAUUUAUUGAUCAGAGGUUCUGCUUUCAUGACUCAGGAGACUUAUUGGGAGUAUUAUCAGUUAUGUUUAUCAGUUAUGUACCAGUUUUUUAUUUCAAUUUUCUUAGGAACAGUAAAAAUAGACACGACUCUUGUUGGUGAUAAAAUUUUGGAAAUGCAAAAUGAAUGUGGAGAUUUAGUUUUGUGAUGUUGUGUUCAUAUUUAAUAUUUUUCAGUACAUUUACAGUACAGUACAGUUGUCUUAUGAAACUGUAGAGGAGACACAUGGGGUUUCAAAAAGAUUUCAUCUUUUUUUAGAAGAAGAAGAAACAUGGAAGCCUGUUUCCACCACUGAAUAAAAAAUAUAUUUAAAAAAGGUUAUUGCAACUUUUUGUCUUGACAAAUCUGAUUUUUUUUUCUCAGAAUUGCAUGACACAAAGUCGCAAUUACAAGUUAUAAAGUUAGAAUAUUAAAUUACUUUUAUUCUGAGAGUUAAAACUCGCAAUUCUGACUUUUUUCACGCAAUUCUGACUUUUUUCACUGAAUUGUGAGAUAUAAACUCGUAAAGAGUUAUAAAGUCGGAAUUUUCUCAGAUUUGUGUGGUCAAUUCACAAUUGCAAGAUAAAAACUCACAAUUUAGAUUUUUUUUCAUGCAAUUUUAACUUUUUGAGAGUUAUAAAGUUGGAACUGCAAAUACAAACUUAAUUCUGACUUUUUCCGGAGAAUUGUGUGAUAAACUCACAACUGCGAGAUAAAAACUCAAUUUUGACUUUUUUACACAAUUCUGGCUUUUUUCUCAGAAUUGUGUGAUAAACACAUUUCUGACUUUUAAAGCAAUUCUGACUUAUUUUCUCAGAAUUGUGAGAUACAAAUUAGCAAUUGUGAGUUAUAAAGUUAGAAUUGUGAGUUACAAACUCAGUGCUGACUUUUUUUCUCAGAAUUGUGAGAUAUAAACUCACAAUUGCGAGUUAUAAAGUUGAAUUUUGAGGGGAAAAGGACUGAUAUGUUCUCAGAAUUGCAAGUUUAUUUCUCAGUUCCGACUUAACUCGCAACUGCAAUUUUGAGAAAAAAAGUCAUGAUUGCGAGUUUAUAUCUCACAAUUCUGUUGGGAAAAAAUCAGAAUGCAAGUUUGUAUCACGCAAUUCUGUGAAAAAAAAGAAUUGCGAAAUGUAAACUUGCAAUUGCGAGAAAAAAGUCAGAAUUGUGAGAUAAAAAGUCGCAGUUACCUUUUUCUGUUUUUUUUAUUCUUUGGCGGAAACGGGCUUCCAUUUUUUUUCUCCAUGUCAUCUCAAUGCUGUCUAGGAGAAACGGAGAUACAAGAGACCUCCUUUGCUCUUUUUUUGUUUUGAGCCAACCAUUUUGGACCUUGUAAAACCUCACUUUAACCUGGAAAAAAUGUAAAUACUUUUUUUCUUCAAUACUCAUGGAUAUGGUUCUAUUGUGCCUGUUUAUGUUUCCAAUUUUCAGUGUUUUGUUAGAUGCACAUGACUGCUACAGUAAAUAGCUUUGCCAAGCUUUGUAAUUCUUUCAUCAUUAGUGAGGAAAUCGCACUGAUGAGCAAGAUAACGCUCUAUUAUGUGUUUAAUGUUGUGUGAUAAUGAUCGCUUAAUGUUGCCUUAAUGGUCUGAACAUUUGUGUCAUUCAGGUCAAAAAGGUGCCUUAAAAAGUGACAUGACAAAGAAUCUUUAAAAUGUCAUUAAAAUGAAGAUAUUCCUUUUUUUAGGAUAUUAGUAAUUAUGGCAUUGUGUACAGGAUAUACGCACACACACUAAAUGAAUGAGAUGUUAUUGUAUGAAAGAAUCCAUGUUUCAUUUAAAAACACAUAAAAUAACCAAAUACUCUGUACUUUUGUCUUUAUAUAUUUUGUGUCUUUUUCAUCCUCAUAUCCUGUUGUGUGAAUACCAGAUGAACCCACAUUGUCAGCAUGUUAUAUAACAAUAUACUGUAUGUAUUGCUUGUUGAAUGUUUUUUUUUUUUUUUUUUUUUUUUUUUUUUUUUUGAAUUAUU